AUGCUGGCGCAGAAUUCGACCUCCAUCUUGGAGCUCCAAUCCGGCCAGAGAUGCUUCACCCCGAGGCCUGAGACCCAGCCAGCAUGUCAAUCCGGGCCCAAGCCCUCGUCGGUGCACAUCCGCGGCCAGACCUACGACACCGACCCGUCGUGGUUCAACGUGCCGCCCAAUGUCCUGGAAGCCACGUCGCGACAGCUUCACCUCCAGCGCGACCACCCCCUCGCCAUCACGCGCCAGCUCAUCGAAUCACACUUCCCCCCGCCCACCUUCAAGCACUACAACGAGCACAGCCCCGUCGUGUCGACGCACCAGAACUUUGACUCGCUCGGCUUCGCGGCCAAUCACCCCGGCCGCGCCCUCACCGACACCUACUACAUCAACCAGACGACUCUGCUGCGCACGCACACCAGCGCGCACCAGGCCGAGACGUUUCGCGCCAACGAGAGCGCCGGCUACCUGGUCUCGGCCGACGUAUAUCGGCGCGAUGAGAUUGACCGCAGCCACUACCCCGUCUUCCACCAGAUGGAGGGCGCGAGGUCGUGGGACCGGAACACGGUCCCUGGCGGCGACAUCGCGGCCGCCGUGCGGCGCGACAUGGAGAUGCUCCCCAAGCACAACAUCAAGGUCAAGGACCCGAACCCGCCCUUCCACCCCGAGAGGAACCCUCUCCAAGACGGCCACUCGCCCGACGAGGCCGAGGCUAUCGGCAACCACCUAAAGCGCUCGCUGGAGAACAUGGUUGUCGACGUAUUCUCCAGGACAAAGGCCGCCGCCUCUAGGGCCGACCCCGACUUUGUGGACGAGCCGUUGCGGAUGCGCUGGGUCGAGGCCUUUUUCCCCUUUACGAGCCCCUCGUGGGAGCUGGAAGUCUACUAUGCCGGCAACUGGCUCGAGGUGCUGGGCUCGGGCGUCGUCAAGCAGGACCUGUACACCAACGCCGGGGUCCCGUCGCAGCUGGGCUGGGCCUUUGGCCUCGGCCUCGAGCGUAUCGCCAUGCUGCUCUUCAAGAUCCCCGACAUCCGCCUGUUCUGGUCGCGCGACCAGCGCUUCCUCUCGCAGUUUGACGGCGUGUCGGACCAGCCCGACAUCCUGCGGCGGUUCGUGCCCUUUUCCAAGUACCCGCCGUGCCCCCGCGACGUCUCCUUCUGGCUGCCGGCCGCCGCCGCGUCGUCGUCGGCCGCAGGCGGCAACACAAAGGGCGCGCUGCACGAAAACGACGUCAUGGAGCUGGUCCGCAGCACCGCCGGCGACGUUGUCGAGGACGUCAAGCUCAUCGACGAGUUUGCCCACCCCCAGACGGGCCGCAAGAGCGUGGCCUACCGCAUCAUCUACCGCAGCCUCGAGCGCACCCUGACCAAUGCCGAGGCCAGCCGACUGCACGGGCGCGUGAGGCAGACCCUCGUGAGGGAACUGGGGGUUGAGAUUCGAUAA